AUGCUCUAGCGUCCCAGCCGUUUUCUCGUCAGAAGCUGCAGUAUUGCUCCCGACCUUGACCCCGAGCCCGUUAUUUGAAUGGUCUCAGAUCCUGUAAACAGCCGUAGUUAUUUAUGAAAUGAUAAUUUUUAAGUGUACUUAACAAAUUUUUCCCGCCGCUGAUGGGGCGGGGCCAUCAGCUAUCUAUUUUGUAAUUUCCAUUGGAAGUAUUUUGUAGUAAAUGGUCCGUAUUUCCUGUGGUGUACAAUAUUUCAAAACAAGUAAAAGCCCGGUUUUUUUUUUUUUUAAACUGGCUAAGUAAAUUCUAAAUUGAGUUUGCUUUUGAGACUGUAAAAGCUGUGAAAGUGGGGGUUUUUUGGUGUUUGUGUUCUGUGUGUGGCAUGCCUGAAUUUACAUGGGAAAUUUUGUGGCAGCUGUCUCUAGUCCACUGUCAACCCAGAUCAUAAACUGAGUUCAGAUCAGUGGUUUUUUUCCAUUUCCUAUGUUCCUGUCACACAUCAGGUACCUCAUAUGUAUCAUUUCUGGUGGACAAAAUGGCCCUGCAAGAUAGAUUUCACUGUCCCUGUUUCGGCAAAUCAAGAAAUGGCCUCAGGUUGAGUAACUUGCUCUGAGAGGCGGUGGCCGGUAGUGACAGCAGGGAUUCUAAUCCAGAUCCUUUUAUCUUCCCAAACCCUGUGCUUGAUCACUUUCCAAGGAACUGUGGUCAACUCAGUGAACCAGUCAGUACCUUCCUGAUCACAUAACCAGUAAUUAACAUGCUUAAUGGGGCCAGUGGAGCAAGAACGACCAAAGACUAAAUACUGAUUGCUUGAUGAUCUAACAUUUACCCAACUUCUUCAGUGCCUUUGGGUUUAUUAAGGUAAAACUCAUGUUUUCCGUGCAUUUCAAAUUGUUGGAGUAGCACAAAACAGGGUGCUCCUUGUCUUCCCUUUAAUGCAUGUUGUCACAGACAGGGAUUCUGCUGGCUUCAGAAGAGGGGGAAGCUUGUUUCACGUGUUUGAAUUAAAGCUUUGCAUAUGUGUUAUUGUAGGCAAGCUGUGAAAAGUGGUUGUGGUAGCCACAAACUGCUGUGCUUGUCUUUUUAAUCUUAAAAUGUUCUGGCUUUGAAAGUUGGGGAAAAGUACACAUUCUGCAUUUAUGCAUAUUAUAUGUUGGUAUUUUUUGAUUGUGAAAGUCCUAGCCAUUGUUAGUUGAUAAAAGGCUAGAAUUUGACCUUGUACCCUUAGGAAAUUGUAUUUGUAUUCCUGCAGGGGACAAGCGCGGAACAGGAUAAUCGAUUCAGCAACAAACAGAAGAAACUACUGAAGCAGCUGAAGUUUGCAGAAUGCCUAGAGAAAAAGGUGGACAUGGGAAAAGUAAAUUUGGAGGUCAUAAAGCCUUGGAUAACAAAACGAGUAACGGAAAUCCUUGGGUUUGAAGAUGAUGUUGUGAUUGAGUUUAUAUUCAACCAGCUGGAAGUGAAGGCCUGAACCAAAAUGGAAGUUAUUCCUUGCGUCUGAAGUAUAGCACCAUCACCUUAUUAGGUCACAGCAGAGUGAGUGCCCCAAUGUCGCUCUGACCCAACUCCCUUGAUGAUGCAGUGUGUGUUUGGAGGUGAGUUGUGUAAAGUGGCCGAACAUCAACAACAACAACAAACACAAACAGGAAAGAGCAAUUGGGUAAAACUGUACACUGCUCUUUAAAAACACUGUUAUGAGCUGGACAUUUAUAUAAAGCAUGAGGGGCAAUUCUGAUUGGUUUGGAUGUUUUUUAAAGGAACUGAAGUCUGAUUGUAGCUGCAUGUCAGCCAGUCGAUUACUCUUAGGCACUGGAUUUUUGUUUAUAGUUAAACUUCAGACAAAUAAAUUGGCAGCAUUGUUCUAGCCAGUUAAUGUAAUUGUUCCUUUGCUCAAACAUGAGACCAUGGUAAAAAUGCUGUUUAAAGGCAUUUUAUUCUAAGAUGCUUUGCUAUUUUGUCACGGCAACUGAAAGACAGUUAAGAUGUGCCAUGUGACCCUUUUGCAGCUAUGCUAAUGUGAAUUUACUUUUACAUUAAUCCUCUUCCCGAAGAGUUCGCCUCUUGUGUUUUGACAGAACAGUUGACAUUUCAACUGAUAAGGUAUUUCUAUUUUUAAGUAAUUUGGUGUUUACAUUUUAAAUAUUUGUAAAGAAUAAUCUUAAGAAAGCACUUCCUGUAAAGUAUAUAAAUGUUAUUUAGAAAGCCAGGAACAUGGGAGGAAAAUUUUGAAAUUAUAAUUAAAGAUAGAUUUUAUUGGAGAAAUGCUUUACUGAUUUGUGUUUUAGUGCGUUUUUUAAAACCUAAGUAGUAAUCCCCUUGUAGUGAGCAUGAGAUUAAAGUUUAGAACUUUUUAAACAAUCUUUUCCUUUUCUGUGGUUGUGUACUCAUUAUUGCUUGUUCGUCUUUUGCAAUUUAGAUAAAUGAUAUAACAUUAAACUCAAGGUGGUUGAGUUGCAGUAGGGAGUCGGAAGCCAGCCAAGGGACCAUCUUUCUCUACAGGGGACUUGGCGAUUCCAAAGCCCCAAGGUUCCAAGAAGAAACUGAAGACACCUGGAAUCUGUACUUGCUUUGUGCUGUUGAGCUGUGCUUGUCAUACGGACUUUGUUGCUUGACCAACAGAUGUAGUAUUUAAGAACCCAAAGGUUUUUGAGGAGUCUUGACCUCUUAGCCCUUUGUGGACAGUUAGAAUAGAAUUUGAGGCAUUGUUAUGAUAGAUUUUCCUUUUGUAGAAGUGAUGCUUUCAGUUUAGCCUUCAGAGUUACAGAAUGCAUGCAUAACUCCUUAGUUUUCUUGCCAGGGCAAUAGAUAAUUUAUAGAUGGCUGUCUGUCUAUAUUAAUAGAAAAGUGAAUAGUUAUUAAUGUACCUGUCCCAUUUCUCACUGGGGGAAAAUUUCUAGCCAAGUACUUUCUUUUCAGUAUGUGCAAAAAUUUGUGGGUAUCCCAUGAUGGCUUUUAGUUAACGUAUGUAAGGCCCACUAACAGCCACAUAGUCUAAAAAUACUUAGGAAAUCCACAGAGGAUUAACAAGCUGCUCUGAUGCUUUUGGUAGAGUGAGGGAGAGUUUGGCAAUCUGCUAGAGAUUGUAGUGUUGAGCUACUGUAGAUAUUUAAGCUAGUACAGAAUAUUUAUGUACUUAAGCCCCUAUGAUAGAAUUUUAAAAUACUAAUUUAAAUGCAGUUUUGGUGGAUUGGUUUGUUUCAAAGUGACCUGUAGUUCUUCCUGUCAUGUCUUUUUGCAGAAUCCAGACUCUAAAAUGAUGCAAAUCAACUUGACUGGGUUUUUGAAUGGAAAAAAUGCUAGAGAGUUUAUGGGAGAACUGUGGCCCCUGCUGUUAAGUGCACAAGAAAACAUCGCUGGGAUCCCCUCUGCUUUCUUAGAACUGAAGAAGGAAGAAAUAAAACAGAGACAGAUUGAACAAGAAAAAUUGGCGUCCAUGAAAAAACAAGAUGAAGACAAGGAUAAGAGGGAUAAGGAAGAAAAAGAAAUCAGCAGAGAAAAAAGGGAGCGGUCUCGAAGCCCGAGAAGACGCAAAUCCAGAUCUCCUUCCCCUAGAAGACGGUCCUCCCCUGUCAGGAGAGAGAGAAAGCGCAGUCAUUCUCGGUCUCCCCGCCACAGAACCAAGAGUCGGAGCCCUUCUCCUGCUCCAGAAAAGAAGGAGAAAACUCCAGAGCUCCCAGAACCUUCCAUGAAAGUCAAAGAACCCUCAGUCCAAGAAGCCACAUCUACUAGUGACAUACUGAAAGCUCCCAAGCCUGAACCUAUUCCAGAACCUAAAGAACCUUCUCCAGAAAAAAAUUCCAAAAAGGAAAAAGAGAAGACCAGAGCAAGAUCUCGAUCACGUUCCAAGUCAAGGUCACGGACACGGUCUCGCUCUCCUUCUCACACUCGACCUAGGCGGCGCCAUAGAUCCCGAUCGAGGUCCUACUCACCCAGGAGGCGGCCAAGCCCCAGGAGGCGACCAUCUCCUCGCAGAAGAACUCCCCCCAGACGAAUGCCACCUCCACCGAGGCACCGGCGGAGUAGGUCUCCAGUCAGACGAAGGCGGCGUUCGUCAGCCUCCUUGUCGGGGAGCAGUUCAUCAUCCUCUUCAUCUCGUUCCCGGUCACCUCCCAAGAAGCCCCCUAAGAGGACAUCCAGUCCCCCUCGAAAAACUCGCAGGUUGUCUCCUUCGACAAGUCCACCGAGGCGAAGGCACAGGCCGUCGCCUCCUGCAAGCCCACCCCCCAAAACUCGCCAUUCCCCGACACCCCAGCAGUCGAGCCGCACAAGGAAGAGCCGUGUCUCUGUGUCUCCAGGGAGGACUUCUGGGAAAGUGACAAAACAUAAAGGUCCUGAGAAAAGAGAGUCUCCUUCACCAGCACCAAAACCUAGGAAAGUUGAAUUAUCUGAAUCGGAAGAAGACAAAGGUGGCAGGAUGGCCGCAGCAGAUUCUGUGCAGCAGAGGCGUCAGUACAGACGGCAGAACCAGCAGUCUUCAUCUGACUCUGGCUCCUCUUCCUCCUCAGAAGAUGAGCGCCCCAAGAGAUCUCAUGUGAAGAAUGGUGAGGUAGGCAGGCGGCGGAGACAUUCACCUUCUAGGAGUGCCUCUCCCUCGCCUCGAAAGCGCCAGAAAGAGACCUCCCCUCGGAUGCAGAUGGGAAAACGAUGGCAAUCGCCAGUGACCAAAAGUGGUAGACGGAGGAGAAGUCCCUCCCCACCACCCACCAGAAGGCGGCGCUCUCCUUCUCCUGCUCCUCCUCCCCGUCGGCGCAGGUCUCCGACCCCACCACCACGACGAAGGACUCCGACUCCGCCCCCUCGCCGGCGCUCGCCUUCCCCACGGAGAUACUCCCCUCCAAUCCAGAGGAGAUACUCCCCGUCCCCACCGCCCAAGAGAAGGACGGCUUCUCCUCCACCCCUGCCAAAGCGCAGGGUGUCGCCGUCUCCACCGCCCAAGCCGAGAAGCUCCCCAGUAACCAAGAGACGGUCACCUUCCUUGUCAUCCAAGCCUAGGAAAGGCUCUUCCCCAGGCCGCUCUGCCCGGGAAGCCCGCUCACCACAGCCGAACAAGCGGCACUCGCCAUCCCCUCGGCCUCGCGCUCCUCAGCCCUCCUCCAGCCCCCCGCCUGCGCGGAGAGCACCGUCAUCUUCACCCCAAAGAAGGCAGUCUCCGUCUCCAAGUACUAGGCCCAUUAGGAGAGUCUCCCGGACUCCGGAACCUAAAAAGACAAAAAAGACUGCCUCUCCAAGCCCUCAGUCUGUAAGGAGGGUCUCCUCCUCCCGCUCUGCAUCUGGAUCCCCUGAGCCAGCAGCUCAAAAGCUCCCGGCCCCAUCGUCCCCUGUCCAGUCUCAGUCGCCCUCCACAAACUGGUCACCAGCGGUACCGGUCAAAAAGGCUAAGAGCCCGACCCCGAGCCCAUCGCCGGCAAGGAAUUCCGAUCAAGAAGGAGGUGGAAAGAAAAAGAAGAAAAAGAAGGACAAGAAACACAAAAAGGACAAGAAACACAAGAAGCACAAAAAACACAAGAAGGAGAAGGCUGCGGCCGCGGCUGCAUCUUCUGCUGUGAGCCCUGCCGCCACCGCCGCGGCCACGUCGGUGCAGGAGGAGGCAGAGGCAGCAGCGUCGGAGCCCAGGAAGGAGACAGAGAGUGAACCUGAGGAUAACCUUGAUGACCUGGAGAAGCACCUCCGGGAGAAGGCCCUGCGGUCCAUGCGCAAGGCGCAGGUGUCCCCACAGUCUUAGGUGGAAUGUUCCUUACGAUGUAAAUUUUAUUUGGUUUGUACGCAAUUCAAUUUCAAAAUUGCUAAAAUGUGUUUGAGCUUUAGACUAUAACAUUUGUUGUAAUAAUUGCUAGGUUGAAGUUCACCAUGUAAAAAAAGGGCAUGGAUUUACAUUGCAAAAGGUGUCCACAGUGUAUUAGUGACAUUCUUUCAUUGACAGCUGACAUAAAUUCAUUUAGAGUGAAAUAUUUUAAGCCAAAAAAAAUUCCCUUUUUAAAAAAGGGGGUUCAAAUACUGUUGGCAUUCUUAUGGUUCCUUUAAUUGCCCCUGGCUUUUCCAAAGGGGUUUUUCUCUCCCUCUUUUUUUUUUUUUUUUUUUAAUUUUUAUUUUUUUUUUCUCAUUUGAGUCUCUUAGCACUCAUUUUUAAGUUAUACUUCCAACCUCAUGGUUUGUGAGCUUACCCAGAAAUAAGACCACUGUUUAGAGAGAAGUGUACAUGAGUGUCUUAAUGCCACAAUCUUCCUCCCUUGUUGCCUGUGGAGUCUCUGCUGACGUGAAUCAGAAUUGGAGCUCUAAGAGACAGCAAGGAAAGCCGGUCCUCUGCCACUGUGGGUCUCUGUCCAUGUGGAACAAGUCGAUUUGGAACACUGGAAUUUCGUUCUGUUCUGUUCUAGGGUGUUCUUUUUUGUUUGUUUUUUCUCUUGUAAAGGCAGUUAACGAGUUCCAGGAAGGAUCCUUCAGUUACAUAAUUUUUUUUUUUUUUUUUUGUGAAUUGUCAUGGCUCCAUUCAUACUGUCUUGUUCUUCCACGUGGUACAUACAGCCUCAGAGUGCUGGUGUUGGGAAGGCUGGAAGGACUCGGACCUCGGACUUGGAAAUAGUGUCUUGGUUUCACUUUUUUUUUGUUUUGUUUGUUUGGUUGAUUUUUUUUUUAAACUAAAGCUAUAUAAAGCUUGUGGAUUAAACAAUAAAUUUCUAAA